AUGAAAUCCCUAUUGGUAUUUAUCUUAGCGGCUGGAACAAGCUAUGCUGCUGAAAAUGUUCAAAAUAUCCCAGCUAAAGGACGUUUCAGAUGCAUUACUGGUAACACUACUGACUUUUCCAUUACUGCAAUUAAGGAUGGCUCAGCUAUAGCAGAAGGCUAUAUGCUUAAUGGCACUUAUGCGAAGGCCCCAAACGGGAAACUCUAUCCCACACGCUUCGCAAAUCGUGAGGGCUUCUCAUUCUCAGCACCUUGCAAAAAUCGUACCCUUUUGGAGCAUCCAGUGCAUGCCAGAGUACCGUAUGGCUAUACAGGGGGCACUCCAGGGGCAUACAGACUCAUUCUUGCAUACAACGACCCACAAACUGAGGCCAUAUUCUGCGGAAUGGUUGCGCAUUCCCAUAAAAAUGAGAAUGAUUUUGUCCAGUGUGCGUAUCAGCAGACAUAG